CAUCACCCAACCAGGUGUCGUUUACGUUGGGCCAGUUUCAUUUCAGAAAAUGGCGUUGAGUUUAGUCGUCAGAAAUACUGUGUCUGUCAAGUGUACCAAGCGAGAAGAAGGUGAGUGGGAACCGUGAAAAUUGAAUUGUGAAGAUGAAGAGCAUAAACGACGACGCUUCAACCCAAGAUGUCGACCCUCAGAGCGACCACAGCUCCGAUUACUUAGCUCACCCUAACUCCCACCCCGAACCCCACCCUCAGCCCCGCCGUCCGCGGGGCUUCGCGGCGGCGCCGGUCACCACCAAUACCGGCGGCAAGGGGAAGAAGGAGAGGGAGAAGGAGAAGGAGCGCACCAAGCUCCGCGAGCGACACCGUCGAGCCAUCACCAGCCGCAUGCUCGCCGGACUCCGCCAGUACGGAAAUUUCCCCCUGCCAGCGCGUGCCGACAUGAACGACGUACUCGCCGCGCUCGCGCGUGAGGCUGGCUGGGUCGUCGACGCCGACGGCACCACCUACCGCCAGUGCCCCCCUCCUUCCAACGUGGGGUCAUUUGCGGCUAGGUCUGUUGAAAGUCAACUCUCUGGUGGUUCUUUGAGGAAUUGUUCUGUCAAGGAAACUAUUGAGAACCAGACAGCUGUGCUUAGAAUUGAUGAAUGCUUGUCGCCUGCAUCCAUUGAUUCCGUUGUAAUUGCAGAAAGGGACUCAAAGAAUGAGAAAUAUACAAAUGCUAGACCCAUCAAUACAGUUGACUGCUUGGAGGCUGAUCAGCUUAUGCAAGAUAUUCAUUCUGGGGUGCAUGAAAAUGACUUUACUAGCACGCCAUACGUUUCUGUUUAUGUAAAGCUUCCAGCUGGUAUUAUUAACAAAUUUUGCCAGUUGAUUGAUCCUGAAGGCAUAAAGCAGGAGCUCAUCCAUAUCAAGUCUUUAAAUGUAGAUGGUGUUGUUGUGGAUUGUUGGUGGGGCAUUGUUGAAGGCUGGAGCUCACAGAAAUAUGUCUGGUCUGGUUAUAGGGAGCUUUUUAACAUUAUUAGAGAAUUCAAACUGAAGUUACAGGUUGUUAUGGCAUUUCAUGAAUGUGGAGGGAACGAUUCUAGUGAUGCAUUGAUUUCCCUCCCACAAUGGGUUUUGGAUAUUGGAAAAGACAACCAAGAUAUAUUCUUCACAGAUCGUGAAGGACGGAGGAAUACUGAAUGCCUUUCUUGGGGGAUUGACAAAGAACGAGUUCUCAAAGGCAGAACUGGAAUUGAGGUCUAUUUUGAUAUGAUGAGAAGCUUUCGGACAGAGUUUGAUGACCUGUUUGCAGAAGGUCUGAUUUCUGCUGUGGAGGUUGGACUUGGAGCAUCUGGAGAGCUAAAAUAUCCUUCUUUCUCAGAAAGAAUGGGAUGGAGGUAUCCUGGUAUUGGUGAGUUUCAGUGCUAUGAUAAAUACCUGCAAAAUAGUCUGCGCAGAGCAGCCAAAUUGCAUGGUCACUCUUUCUGGGCUAGAGGACCUGAUAAUGCUGGACAUUACAAUUCUAUGCCACAUGAAACUGGAUUCUUUUGUGAGCGAGGCGAUUAUGACAACUAUUAUGGACGCUUCUUCUUACACUGGUACUCCCAGACAUUAAUAGACCAUGCAGAUAACGUUUUGUCUCUUGCAACCCUUGCUUUUGAGGAAACAAAAAUAAUUGUCAAGGUUCCUGCUGUAUACUGGUGGUAUAAGACUCCUAGUCAUGCAGCAGAGUUGACAGCAGGAUAUCACAAUCCAACAUAUCAGGAUGGAUACUCUCCUGUGUUUGAGGUUCUGAGAAAACAUGCUGUCACCAUGAAAUUUGUCUGCUUAGGAUUUCAUCUUUCCAGUCAGGAAGCUUAUGAACCGUUGAUUGAUCCAGAGGGUUUGAGUUGGCAGGUGCUAAACUCAGCUUGGGAUCGUGGGUUGAUGGCUGCUGGAGAGAAUGCACUCCUUUGCUAUGGUAGAGAAGGAUACAAGAGAUUGGUUGAGAUGGCAAAGCCCAGAAAUGAUCCUGAUUGCCGGCACUUCUCUUUCUUUGUUUAUCAGCAACCAUCUUUGCUGCAGGCAAAUGUUUGCUUGUCUGAACUGGAUUUCUUCGUCAAAUGCAUGCAUGGUGAGAUGUCAGAUCUAUAAUGGCGGCAAAAUACACGUUUUAACUGUAGGGCAUUUUAUGGGGCAUAAUGACCUUGUGGCAGUGCAAUGUCAUUUGUAACAGUGCUUUUUGCAAGCUUGGUAAUUCCAAAGUCUACGGCAUUCCAUCUUCUAAUCUAUCUAACGGAUAAAAUUGGCAAUUAUGAAAUGUGAGUAUGGAUGGUAAUAUAUCAUGAAGAAAUAUAUCGACGAUAAUAAAAAGCAAAUAUAUCUGUGUAGUUUGUCUAUACUUUGUUAUUCUAAAAGUAUUGGGGGGGGGGAGCAUUAUAAGCAGUUGUUCUCAGCUAACAAUGCCAUAGUUGUUUCUAAUCACAUGCGAACCUUGCAUGGGAAAGGCACGGUUAAGAUGUUUUCAAACAAGGGAAGCAGCUGUGCUAAUGUUUGAUACUGAAUUAACACAACUUUAAUGAAAUAGUGGUACUAUUUGAAUUCCAUUGAGAUUCUUGCAAACACACACACAUAUAUAUAUAUAUUAGAAAAAAAAUGUUAUGGCAAAUUAGGUCAGUAUAUUGCAUCAUCUGAACGUUAAAUAUCAAUUGCUCGCCGAAUAAAUGUAAGAAAAUUCAAGGACAUAAUUGAUAUAAGCUGAAUAUACUAGUGAAGCCACGUGAGGCUACAACUGAAUAAUGAUAGGAUUACUUGUGUGAGGAAUAUCUGCAUGAUUAAGAAACAAAGAUAUGAUACCUUCAACCAAAACAGUAACCAAAAUAGAAAAGACAAUUGAUCUUUAUCUGCGCAAAAUUAGCUCAAGCCUUGAUGGCCAUCUUGUUAUUUAUUACCUUCACUGUCAUUCUUUCAUGUUUGUUUCAGUAAAGCUAAUUCAUCAGCUGGAUGGUGGUCACCUGCAUAAUGAAUACAAAAGAAAUCCUACAUAAACAAUUGGGUGUACUGGUACAAAUGAGACGAUGCCUAAAGGAUUGAGUACGGGCUUUUAUCCUCUGCAGUCAACCACGUAUCCCACUUACAUAUUGCAAAGUUAACAGUUAAAGCGUAUAUUUCAUGUAGAACUCCACACUUAUCAGAGGGAGGUUGAAAUAGAAACGUUGGGCCUUGGAAGUUGAAAAUGGAAGCAAGAGGGGAGAUAACAGGAUUAGAAGCUUGAAGCCACAAGCCUAGGUGGUUGUCUGAGUUCUGUCAUGUGAAGUGUAUGCGCAUCAACUGAUGACAAAGAUAUAACUGAAAUGAAGCUGUAGUUGUUGAGCGCUGGUGGCCUAUAAAGGAUCAAAACCACCCUAAAGCCCACAACUGUCCACUUAGUAAUAUCAAGGAACAACAAACAAAUGCAGAACACACCUCAGGUUUUACAAGUUGCAAUUCUCAGUAAGAGAUAUUUGAUGCAUUACAUUGUAAACCUUAUCUUUGAGAAUCACAAUACCGAGGAAAUUCACAUUUGCACAAACCUUCUCUAACUUGGUACACACAAAAAGUUAAUUUUAACAUGUUGACAGCCAAGAAAAAUCUUGGAACAAACAAUUAGUUAAUAGUUAUUGUAACUGAGAAGUUGCAGGCACAGACUUAUUUCUAAGGAUUUCAACAAUGUCAAAUGUAUAUCAGUAAGGAAAAGUCUAGAUUUAUUGAACCAUGUAAACAUAGUAAUAGGAAAAUGUAUCUUUGUAUUUGAUUUUA